AUGGAGGUGGGAACACAGACUGAGGAUGAAAUGAAGCAGGCAAUGAUGCAGAUCACUGGCUGCAGAGACUGCCUCAGUCUCUCCUUGGUAUCUGGGAGUUCUAUAUGCUGUGAGCUGGUAAUUUUCUACUCAAACAAGCAGCACAGCUACAAGAUGAGGUGGCCAGUGAGGAAGGGCACAGUGGUAACCCUUUCCCCCACCAGCAUGGCCUCACAGAAGGACCCAGCCAAGAGGUGGGAGGAGAAGAAACACCCAGAGAACAAGAUGGAGCAGCCAAAGUGCAGCCUUAAGGAAGAGGACAACAUGGAGGAUGAUGAAGAGAAUGAUGACUUUGAUGAUGAUGAAUAUGAAGAGAAGGAGGACAAUGAGAAAAAAGAUGACCAGCAUGAGGAAGAGGAGGAGGAUGAGAAGGAUGAUGAAGCCAUGGUAGCCCCCUCUGUGCCACUUGAACGGCUGAAUCAAUGUCCUGCGUGUGGGCAGAACUUCUCCCCUGGCUCAGAGCUGGUGAAGCACUGCUGCCCUCACCCUGGCACACGGCCCUUCAUCUGUGGUGAUUGCGGCAAGAGAUUUGGCCAGAGCUCCCACCUCAGCCGGCACCGCCUCAUCCACACUGGAGAGAAGCCUUUCACCUGUGCUGACUGUGGCAAGACCUUCAGAUAUAGCUCUGCCUUUGCCAGUCACUGCCGCAUCCACACCGGUGAAAAACCAUACAGCUGUGCUGACUGUGGCAUGAGCUUCACCAACGGGAGCCAUCUCACUUCUCACCGUCGCACCCACACUGGAGAGAAGCCCUUCACCUGCCCUGACUGUGGCAAGAGCUUUAACCAGAGCUCAAAUCUCUGCCGGCACCGCCGCAUCCACACCGGUGAGAAGGUAACCUGCCCCGACUGCGGCAAACACUUCAGUCGCGGGUCCGCCCUCAGUGACCAUCGCCGCAUCCACACCGGAAAGAAGCUGUUCCCCUGUGCUGAGUGUGGCAAGAGCUUCACCUUGAGCAACAGACUCAUCCGGCAUCGCCUCAUCCACAGCGGUGAAAAACCAUACAGCUGUGCUGACUGCGGCAAGAGUUUCAGCAGCAGCUCCACACUUAAUGUGCACCGCCGCACCCACACUGGUGAGAAGCCCUUCUCCUGUGUUGACUGCGGCAAGAGCUUCAGCCAGAAGGCCAAUCUCAUUUACCACUGCCACACCCACACCAGUGAGAAGCCCUUCAUCUGCGCUGACUGUGGCAAGAGCUUCACCCAUCACUCCAGCCUCUACCGGCACCGCCGCACCCACACCAGUGACCAGCCACCACUGCAGGGGAGGCACAAAUAG